AUGGAGGUCACAGCUCUCUGCUUCAGACUGCUGAUCAGUGUCUUGAUGGUUCUUGUUGCACAAGUUCAGAACAGCUAUUGUGCUCAAAAAGAUGGUGCAGCUUUUCUUCAUAUUCUUCCAAACAGACUGCAGUUUUUUGAAUAUGAGUCUAUCACUUUUAACUGUGAGUUUGAUGACUCAGCUGAAUGGAGAGUGAUGAGGACACUCAAAGAAACCCCCACAAACAUUUCCAAUUGGGUGACAUCAGCAGGAUCUGGGACCAUUAAACCUGCAUUUUCAUCAGACAGUGGAGAAUACUGGUGUGAAGAUGGAGGUGGACUGAAGAGCAAUGCUGUCAACAUCACCGUCACUGCUGGUUCAGUAAUCUUGGAGAGCCCUGUCCUGCCUGUGGAGGAGGGAGACAAUGUGACUCUGCACUGUCAAAAGAAGAAAAGUCCGUCUGACCUCAUAGCUGAUUUCUAUAAAGAUGGCCUCCGCAUCAAGACUGGCUAUAAAGGAAGCAUGACCCUCUACAAUGUUUCUUCAUCAGACGAAGGACUCUACAAGUGUAACAUCUCUGGAGCUGGACAAUCACCAGAGAGCCGACUGCUUGUCAGAGUCUUUUCAGAACCUCGUGAAGAAACUGAUUCUCAUAGUGAGGAUGAAACUCAUAGUCACUCCCUUAAUCUCCUCAUUCUGCUUUUACUGCUGCCCCUGCUGCUGUUGGUGUUGGGAGUAAUCCACUGCAGGAAACACAAAGGCACAGAGGACAAAACUGAAGGAAGCACCGCCAGAGAAUCAAAAGCCUCCAAAGCAAGAAUCAAGCCAUGUCUACCAGAAGAGAGUGCUGUGUAUUCUUCAGUCUACUAUACUGCAGGAAAUGUGUCUUACAGGCCAGUGAGAGGACACCUGACUGAAGGAAAGAGGCAGCCACAGAGUGAUGUUACACCUUUUUGA